AUGAAUGUCCAUAAUGAAAUAUCGAAAGAAGAACAGAUUGAAACAAAAGCUGAUCAAUCACAACAACAACUUAAUAGUUUAGUUGAAAAUUCCCAAGAAUAUCUAUCAUCAAUUAAACAAAGUGAACAUGAUACAAACAAUUAUAUAGAUGCAGAGCAACCAAAAUCUUCAAUUGAAAAUUCUGAGCAAUUUCCAUCAACAAUUGAAGCAACUAAUAUUUUUAAUGAUGAAACCAAAGAAAUCAUCAUACCAUAUAGGGAAAAUCAACCAAAUGAAAAAUCAGAACAAUCUAUAAUUCAAAUACAUGAACCAGAAAAAGUUCUUAAAUCAAAUGAAGAAAAUAAACAAUCUACAGAUGAUUAUGAACAAUUACAACAAAUUAUAAUACUACAAAAAGAAAUUGAACAAUCUAUUGAAAACAAAAGUUCUAUUACUACAGAUGAAACAGUAGAACAAUCAACUUGUAUAAGUAAAGAAUCAUCACAAUCUACAGUAGUCAAUGUAAAUGUAGACAAAAUUACAAUUGAAGAACCACAACAACAAUCUUUGUCGUCAAACGAAAACGAAAAACAAUUAAAAACUCAAUAUGAAAAAUUAGAAGAAGCAACAAACCAAUCAAUAAUACCAAUCGAAGAAAAUGAACAAUCUACAGAUGAUUAUGAAAAUUCACAAGAAAUGAUAGCGUCACAAAAAGAAAUUGAACAAUUGAUUGAAAAUGAAAAUUCUAUUCCUACAGAUAAAACAUUAGAACAGUCGACUUUUAUAAAUGAAGAAUCAUCACAAUCUAUAGUAUUGAAUGAAAAUUUCGAGCAAAUUACAAAUGAACAACCAAUAAUAUCAAAUGAAGAAAAUAAAAAAUCCACAGAUGAUUAUGAACAGUCAGAACAAUUGAUAAUGUCACAAAAAGAAAUUGAACAGUCUGUUGAAAACAAAAAUUCUAUUACUUCAAAUCAAGAAUUAGAACAGUCUACCUUUAUCAUCAAAGAAUCAUCACAAUCUUUUGUAUUCAAUAAAGAUUUAGAACCAAGUACAACAGAAAAACGAAUAAUAUUAAAUGAAGAAUCACAACAACAAUCUAUCAAUUCAAACGAAGAACAUAAACAAACGAAAAAUGAAUAUGACAAAUUAGAACAAACUCUAGCAUUAAUUAAAGAAAUUGAACAAACAGUUAAUAAUGAAACUUCUAUUAUUGAAACUGACCAAUCAAAAAUUAAAAUAGACGAACAAGAACAAUUUCUAACAUCAAACGAAAACAUCCAACAAUCAGAUGUUGAAAUCGAAUCAUCAGAACAAAAAACAUUACCAAUUACUGAUAAUAUACCUUCUAUAAAUAGCAAUGAAAAUAUAAAACAAUCUAUAAUUACAAUUGAAGAUACAAUACACCAACAAUCGAAUACAUCAACUGAAGUAACUCAUAUAUCUACAAUGGAAGAUGAAGAAUUGAAACAACCGAUUCUAAAUAAAUCUUCUAUUAUUACAAAUCAAAAAUUAGAACAAUCUUCAAUUAUUAAAUCACCACAAAUUCUAUUAUCAAAUGAAGAUAACGUACAAAAUACAAUAAAUCUUGUUAACAAUGAAAAUUCAAUUAUAUCUAAUGGAAAUUUAGAACAAUCUAUAAUUAAUAUUGAAGAAAAAAAAGAAUUUACUAUUGAACCUGAAAAAUUAAAUCAAUCAUCAGUUCAAAUUGAACAUACUGAAGAAUUCAUUGAAAAUAAAUCUUCUCCUAUGACAAAAAAUAAAUUAGAUCAAUCCAUAAAUAUCGAAUCAACACAAUCCUUAUCAUCAGACAAUGACCUUCAACACACAACAUUAAUAAAUCUUGAUAAUUAUAUUAUUACAGUCGAUGACAGUUUAGAACAAUGUACAACUCAACAAUCAUUACAAGAUAAUGAAAUAUCAAAUGAAAAAACAUUUAUUGAAAAUGAUUCAUCAAUUAUAACAAAUAACAAAUUAGAAAAACCUACAGUUAUAGAAUUACCUCAACCCAUCAAAUUAAAUGAAGACAUUCGUCAAUCAACAAAUGAAAAUCAAGAAUUCAUUGAUAAUACUGAAGAUUUAAUACAAGCAGUAUUAUCAUAUCAAGAAAAUCAAUAUUGUGCUACUUCAAAUGAGCAGUUAAUACCAUCUAAAAUAAUAGCUAAUCAACCUGAACAACAUACAUCUCCAGCUAACCAACCAAUAUUAACAAAAGCAACAACAAUCAAAGGUACAAGUUAUUCUGAUGUUGUUAGUAGACAAUUACCAAAAGCAACAAAUCAACCAAUAAAAGCUCCAAGUUCAUUUAAAAAACAAGAACAUUCAAUAGAAUCAAAGAAAAAAAUCAUUUCGCCUAUAGUAACAAUGGAAAAUCCUAAAAAAUCUAACAAAACAGCUGAUGAAACAGAACAAAUUCUUUUGACAAGUACAAUUAAAGAAUCAGAACAAUCUGAAGUAUUACUUGGAAAACAAAAACAAUCUACCACUAUCAAUGAAAUAGCACAUGAUACAUCAAUAAUAUCAAAUGAAGAAUGUCAAAUAUCAUUAACAAAAAGUAAUAAAUCAAGACGAUCUAAUGCUAAAAGAAGAAAAUCAAAAAAAUCAUCAGUUACAAUGGAAAAUUCACCACAAAUUAUUAUUAUUGAUGACGAUGGCGACGACGAUGACGAAGAAGAAGAAAUCGAAACAUCAUCACCUUCUCAAAAUCUUAGUAUUUCAAAACAAAAAACAAGUAAUAUUGAAUUAAAAAUUAAAAAUUCAGUAACAAAUAAAAAACCAUCUAAUGAUAAUAAAUCCUCAAAUUGUGAAACUCCACAAAAUUUAAGUGCCUUACAACAUCGUAAAAACGAAAACAACAAGAAAACAACAACAAAAUUAGUCGAAAAAUCUUCAUCGUCUAUUACUCCAGCAACAACAACAACAACAACAACAACAGAUAAUCGGAAUAUGUUGAUUAAAGUCUUUCUAUUUAAUUAUUCAUUUCAACGUAUAACAUCCUAUCGAUGGUUAUCAAAAACUCAUCAACCAUCACUUUUUGAACCAAAAUGGGCAUCAAUAUUUGCUGAAGCAACAACUAAUUCAUAUUUACCAUCAUCAUCAUCAUCAUCUGUUAAUAAUAAAAAACCAUUUGUUAUGCUUUUUCCACCACCAAAUGUAACUGGAACCGUUCAUUUGGGUCAUGCAUUAACUACAUCAGUUCAUGAUUGUCUUUUACGAUGGCAUACAAUGCAGCAAAAAUCGUUUGCUCGUUGUGUACCAGGUUAUGAUCAUGCUGGUAUUGCUACACAGGUUAUAGUUGAAAAACAUAUAGCACCUCAAACACGUGAACAAUUAGGUAGAGAAAAAUUUCUCGAAGAAUGUUAUCAAUGGUCUUCAAAUUAUCGUCAAACCAUUGAAGCACAAUUAAAACGUUUAUGUCCAUUAUUCGAUUGGUCAAAUGCUUAUUUUACAAUGGAUAAAAAUCUUGUUGAAUAUGUUCGUGAUUCAUUUUUACAUUUAUAUAAUGAUGGUCUUAUUUAUCGUGAUACACGUAUUGUUAAUUGGUGUUGCCAACUUCGAUCAGUUGUAAGUGAUAUUGAAGUUGAUUCAAAAGAAAUAAAUGGACGAGAAAAAUUUUCCAUACCUGGAUAUUCAAAACAUAUUGAAUUAGGUAUACUUUAUAAUAUUGCAUAUAAAAUUAUUGAUGAACAACAAGAUAAAGAAAUUAUUGUAAGUACAACACGACCAGAAACAAUUCUAGCUGAUACAGGUAUUGCUGUUCAUCCAAAUGAUUCUCGUUAUAUAUCAUUAAAAAAUAAAUUUGUUCAAAAUCCAUUUAAUCCUCAAGAUCGAUUACCAAUUAUAUUUGAUGAAAGUGUUGAUCAAAAUUUUGGUACUGGUGCAGUUAAAUUAACACCUGGUCAUGAUGUAUUUGAUUAUACAUUAGCUAUGAAACAUAAACUUGAAAUUCGAACUAUGUUAAAUGAUCAAGGUCAUGUACAACUUGAUUUAAAUCAUCCAUUUUAUCAUGAAUUAAAUAAUUUACAUCGUUAUGAUGCACGUGAAAAAGUACUUCAAUUACUUGAAAAUAAAGGAUUAAGAAGAGGAGAAAAAGAACAACAAAAAAUGAUUAUACCUCUAUGUAGUCGAACUGGUGAUAUUAUUGAACCAUUAGUUAAAGAACAAUGGUUUCUUGAUACAACUGAAAUGUGUCGUCAAGCAUCAUCCAUUGUUGAUAAUAAUACUCUGAAAUUAACACCAUCAUCUACUCGUAAAGUAUGGAAAUAUUGGCUUGAUAAUAGUCGACCAUGGUGUUUAUCAAGACAACUUUGGUGGGGACAUUCAAUACCUAUGUAUCGAUGUUCAAUAAAUAAUAAAUCAUCUGAAUAUAAAUGGAUUGGUGCAAAAUCACUUGAAGAAGCAAAAAUGAAAGCUAAUGAACUAUUUCCAAAUGUUCCAUCAAAUUCAAUUCAUAUUGAACAAGAUCAAGAUGUACUUGAUACAUGGUUUUCAUCAGGUUUAUUACCAAUAUCAAUAUUUAAUAAAAAAAAUUCACAAGAAUUUCCAACAACAUUACUUGAAACUGGUUAUGAUAUAAUGUUUUUUUGGGUUGCUCGUAUGGUUAUGCUUAGUCUUAAACUAACAAGUCAAUUACCAUUUCAUGAAGUUCUUUUUCAUGGAUUAAUUUGUGAUCCAAAUGGAAAAAAAAUGUCAAAAUCAUUAGGUUAA